CUCGGCCGGCCCACGCGCAGCAGCGAUGCACAGCGACGAGCCCUUCCGGCAGCCGGAGCCGAAGGGCUGCUGGAUGCGGGACGACAAAGCGCCACCGGAGCUGCGGCUGCUGCUCGUCGGGAAGAGCGGCGGCGGGAGGAGCGCGACGGGGAACAGCGUCCUGGGGCGGGCGGCCUUCGAGUCGCGGCUGUCCACGCGCGCGGUGACGCAGAGGAGCGAGUGGCAGAGCGGCUCGUGGAGGGGUUACCGUUUGCACGUGGUGGACACUCCGGACGCCUUCGACACGCCGGAGCGCAGCGCCCGGUGCCUCCGCGAGGUCGCCCGCUGCGCGCUGCUGUCGGCGCCGGGGCCGCACGCGCUGCUGCUGGUGACGCAGCUGGGCCGCUUCACGCAGGAGGACGAGGCGGCCAUCCGGCAAGUGUGGCGGCUGUUCGGGCGCGGCGCUGCCGAGCGCACCGUCGUGGUCUUCACGCGCGGGGACGAGCUGACGGGCGGCUCCCUGCGGCGGCACGUGGAGGACACCGGCACCGCCGCGCUGCGGGAGCUGCUGAGGGACUGCGGGGGACGGUGCUGCGCCUUCGACAACAGGGCGGUCGGGGGGGCGGGAGAGAAGCGGGUCGGGGAGCUGCUGGAGACGGUGCUGCGCAUGCUGGGGGGAGACCUGAGCGCCCACUACCGGAACGAGCUCUUCGACGACGCCGUGCAGCUCCUGAAGCGCCGGGACAUCGACUUCGAGGAGAAAUGCGAUAUCCUGGCCAAAAACAUGGAGCGGCAGCUGCGGGGCUGGUGGCACACGCGGCUCCUGAAGUGGCUGCUGUCCAUCCCGGCUGUGCGAUGGCUGUGCCGCACGCCGUGUGCGCGGUGCGUCUGCUGCUGCGGCGUCCUUGCAGCACUGCUGGCCCUCUGGCUCGCCCUGCGGUCUGUGCACUCCUGAGGCUGUCAGAGCGUUAUCUCGGUGUACCGGCGCUUUGUGCGUUAGCCAGCAGAGCUGUGCCGUGCUCCCUUUCCGUGGUAGGCGCACUGCAGCGCUGGCCCAUAAAACACGAAGCUGCUUUUCCUCCCAACAGCGCUGCAGCUCAGUGCGGGCUGCGCACCUCGGUGUGAAUACAGCAUCACA